CCUCGAAGAAACCACCACAUUAACAGAUCAGGAACUUCGAAGAGACGUGAAACAUAUGGAAGAAACUGUCAGGAGAGGCAAACGAAGGAUAUCAUCAAUCGAUCACUCAGCUCUAGCGCCUGACAACCAUCCAACCUGUCAUCUCGCUGAGCAGAAAGAUGGACCGAGUUCUACCAUUGCACCUGUGGUCAAAUCGAUCAGACAGUCUGCAGAGGAUCCAUCAGCCUCAUCAAUUUCUUACACCUGUAAUCUGCCGCCCACCUGUAACCGACCGAACCACAAACCAGCUAGAUUUGAUAAUCCAACCGAACUAGAAGCCCAUCAUCGAACUCAUCAUGCCUUUACCUGCUCAGCGACGGAUUGUCAUCGGAUCUUUCCUUCCCAAUUCUUCCUGGAUUUGCACCUCAACGAGGUCCAUAAUCCGAUCCUAUUGGUCCAGCGGGAAAGUAGACAAACUAAGAUCUUUCGUUGCUUUGAACCAAGUUGUGAGAGAUCUUUCAGCAGCCCCAAGACCAGGAGACUUCACCUGGUAGAUUUCCAUGGUUACCCACAAACGUUUUUCUUUUCACUGCCCAAUCAAGGACUAAACAAUCUAUACAAGAAAUUUGGGCCAGGUGUAUCCUUGGUCAGGCCGGAAUGGAAAGCUGCAACUGUGUCUUCGAAUCCAUCAUCGCCGGAUGAAUCUUCAACAGCCGACUCUAAGGAUGCACUUCAGAUUGCCUCAACCUCUUCCAUUAACCACUCCGGAUCUCCUUCCAUAGGAUCCGUCCAAAACGGUGAUCAACAUGAUAGUCAGAUGGAGAACGAUCAACAGAAAAUCGAUUCCGUCAUCGAAGCUAUUCAACAAAUCUCGCUUGUCCCUCGUCAAGUUCAGUUUGGUAAGAAAGCCGGCUCCAAAUCAUUUCAACGAUAAUACUCCGCAUAAUCAUCUCGCAGGCCCAUAUCCAAUCGCUCAGGAUCCCUGUCUUGUACGUCUUGAUCUCAUCAAAGGUGUUUGUUGGUUCGUUUGUCCUUGUAGACUUCUUUGGUCUCAUCCCUGUAAUACAAGGC